CAAGUGGCACCGUUUGGAUCUAGUGCCUCAGAGAGCACGGAGGAGGAGAGGAGCCUCUCAGGGACCUCCAUGGGUCUUCCUCUCCCCGCCUCACCCACCACCUCCACCGUCUCCUCCACUGUGUCUUCCGUGUCCACACCUGUGCACUCUGCUGCUCGUGCACCAUACCAUCAAGGUAACAACACCAAUCGCUCGCCCCACCCCCAUCACCAGCAGCAGCAGAAAAACCACCUCUCCCCCACAGCAUCAUCUAUACACCGCACUCGGCAGGUCUCCCCGAUCAAGGGCGAGAGCACAGCAGGUCAGAGUCACAAGGCAAAUGCUGAGUCGGCUCAAAAGUCAACUCAAAAGUCGGCUCAGCAGAGUCACGACCACAAGGCAGGUUUGGGGAGCGCUGGAGGCGGCAGGCUCGGGUUUCGUGGGGGUGUGGGUGGGGUGGGGGCAGGAGGGGCGGGAGGGGGAGGGGAGAGUGCGGGGGUGGGGAAUGGGGGGGCGAGAGGGCGGAGGGUGUCAGUCGGAGGAGUGGGGGAGCAGUGGGGUAGGGGCGUUGGGUCGGUGAGUGGUAGGGAGGUCAGGACAGGAGUGGCAGGAGGAGGGGGAGGAGGAGGAGGAGAAAGUGGGAGAGGAGGAGGCGGAGGGGGAGGAGUGGGAGGAGGAGGGGCAGGAGGGGCAGCAGGGGGCAGUUUCAAAGGAGUGGGGACAAGGGGAGGGCGAAGAGCGUCUGUAUCAGGCGGUUAUGUAAUCUCCAAGGGGGAGGAUGGCUCUUCCUUUGCCAAGAGAAGGGAUGAAGCCUUUGGCAAGGGAGGCAGGGAGGAGGCACAGGGACUUCAUUCAGUGAAUCCCUUUGAGACUUCUCAUAAGAUUCCUAGAGAAAACCCCUCUGGGUCUCAUAAGAUUCAACAGUUUCUGGACGCUGGAGGGGUGUCCUAUGCUGUGGUUUCACGCUCCGCACAGCAUGGGGUCGGGGGUGAUGAGAGGUUGGAUGGUUUUGAGGCAGGUGGUCAACAGUCCAGUAAGAUUCAGGAGUUUCUGGACGCUGGGGGGGUGUCCUAUGCUGUAGUUUCACGCUCUGCACAGCAUGGGGUAGGGGAUGGGGAUGAUGAGAGGUUGGAGGCAGCUCGUCACCGAUCCCGCAAGAUUCAAGAGUUUCUAGAUGCAGGGGGGGUGGCUGAUGCUGCUACUGCGCCACCAGCUUCUAUGCCUCAUGGGGUGGGGAGUGGUGAUGAGAGGUUGGGUGGGUCGGGGGCGCACCAACGGCAGCCUCGCAGGAUUCAGGAGUUUCUAGAUGCAGGGGGUCUGCCAGGUGCUGCUGCUGCUUCUGCUGCUGCUGCUGCUGCUUCUGCUGCUUCUGCUGCUGCGGACAGAAGUAACAAGGGCAGUCAUGCAUGCGCAGGCGCAGACUCCUUUAGUGCGACUGCUCCAGGAGUAGAUUCAGCGAAAGCAGCAGCUGGGGUAGAUUCAGAUACUUGUGUCACACCACCUGCAGCUGCCUCUGUGUCGAAUCGUGGCCAACCAGUCGGUGUGUCUGGUGCAAACACCCACACAGGUGCAUCUGCUUCAGGAGCACCUACAGGCACACCUGCUUCAACCACACAGACGGGUGCAUCUGCCUCCGGCACACACGUUGGCGUAUCUGGUGCAGGUGGUAUUCUGGGAGGGAUGACUGGCUUCGGCAUGACGUUUGAUUGGAGCAAAGCGGUGGCGACUGCAGGAGGGGGCGCGGGAAGCAGGGCGGCUACUGUGGUAGAGGCGAUGAACAAGGUGUCUGACUGGAUCGGGUCGUUCUCUGGCCUCGAGGAGAGUUUGAGUGGGGGAGGAGGAGGCAGGAGGGCGGUGGAGUAUGGCGGAGACAGAGAGGAGGCUGGAGGGGAGGGGAAUGGGGUUGGGAGUGAGGAGGAGGGGAGGAGAGAUGGGGGGAGGGUUGGGAGUGGGGAGCGGGGGAGUGAGGGGAGUGAGGGGAGUGGGGAGGGGAGAGGAGCAGGGGUGCAGAGAGUUGGGUCGGGGCAGAUUAGCGGGUGGAGUGAGGACGAGGAGGGAGAGGGUGAGAGUCACGGUGGGGGGAGGAAGAGCAAUGGUGCUGCUGUUCCCUCACUACCAUCCAAGCGGCAGAAGCAGCAGCAAGAAGAGGGGGUAGACGAGGAGGAUGACGAGAUGGUGCCCUCACUACCAUCGAAGCAGCAGAAACGGCACGAGGAGGAGGGGGGAGACGAGGAGGAUGACGAGAUGGUGGUGAUGGAGAGUGUGAAUGGGCGGCACACUGCCAUGCAGCACAUGCUGCAGGGGCGCCUCUCUGCAGUGCGCCAUGUGGCAGCGCUGUGGGUGGAUGGAGAACUGCUUCCUGCUCUCUCUGCCCUCGCUGCUUCAAAGGACCUUGCUGUGGUGGCAGACGUGUUGGAGGUGCUGGCCAUGCAGGGAGGCAGGCGGCUGGUGUCGGUGGGCAUGGAGGGAGCAUUGCAGUUGCAGCCACUGCUCAGGGCUCUGCUCGCCAGUAGCCACUCCAAAUACGUGGGAGUGGCGCUGUCGCUGCUACGGGAGCUGCUGAGGGCGUUCAGUGAGCCCAUCACUGCUGCUCGCACCGCCACGCACUCCCCUGGGGUGGACCUGCAUAUGGAGGAGAGGUUGCAGCGCUGCAAUGAUUGCUACGAGGGCUUCAGAGUGCUCGAAGACCAGCUUCACCCCAUCCUCAGGAGAAGGAGCAACGAGAACUAUGCCCUUGCUUCGGAUGUGCACAUGCUGUUACAAAAGAUGCAAUAA